CUCUCCAGGGAGGAGUGAGCUAGUACGUGAUGUGGCUCUGCGAGCUUCCUGUCUACUGAGAACCGAGAGAAAGAUCCCCAUCUACCGUUACUGGAGUUCACUGAGUCUCCUGUCCCCGGAGUCGGACGGUUAAACCCCCACAGAUCGACCCAUCAUGGCGGUGAACCUGAGCAAAAACGGCCCGGCUCUUACCGCGGCCUAUAACGAGGUUGUGGAUGAGAAGUCUGAGACUAACUGGGCUCUCUUCACCUAUGAGGGAAACACAAAUGACAUCCGGCUGGCGGAGAAAGGAGAUGGUGGUUUGGAGGAGUUGUUCGAGGAGCUGAACAGUGGGAAGGUGAUGUAUGCUUUUUGCCGAGUUCAAGACCCCAACUCUGGCCUUCCCAAAUACGUCCUCAUCAACUGGACCGGUGAGGGCGUUAAAGACGCCAGAAAAGGCCAGUGUGCGAACCAUGUGAGCUCCAUGGCUAACUUUCUUAAGGGAGCUCACGUGACGAUAAAUGCACGAGGGGAGGAGGACGCGGAGCCUGACGCCAUCAUGCAGAAAGUGGCUAAAGCCUCAGGAGCCAACUACAGCUUUCACAAAGAGACCAAUCGCUUCAGAGACGCCGGGCCGCAGGGGCCUGUGGGAUCUGUUUACCAGAAGACUAACGCCAUGUCUGAAAUCAAGAGAACCAACAAAGACACUUUCUGGGCCCAAGCAGAGAAAGACGAGGAGAAGCGUCUCCAGGAGGAGAGGAGAAGGGCAUCGGAUGAGAGGCAGCGGCUGGAAAAAGAAAGGAAGGACCGAGAGGUGAAGGAGGCCGAGUUACGGGACAAGAAAGCCAAAGAGAGGGCGUCAGAGAUCGAUGAAGUCAGAAAGUACCAACAGAAGCAGGACGUGGAUAAUCAAGGCCAGCAGAAACAGCAGUGGGAGGAGGAGGAGAAGAAGCAGGCGCAGCAGAAACCCUUUAAACGUGGAGAGUCGGUGGAAAAAGCCAACGAAGCUGCGUCUCUCGUUUCCCAGCGCUCCGUUAAUCCCAGAGAAAUGUUCAAACAGAGAGAAAUGGGCAUCAACACUUCUAACAAAGACAACUCUCAACUCAGUCCAAAACCAGGGCGGUUGAACAGCCCUUUUCUGUCCAAGCAGUCAUGUGACCCAGAGCCAUUUCGCUCUCCUGUGCGUCAGGCCUCACCUUUACAAGCCAGAGAGGCCAGCUUUGAGGAACAACCCAGAUCUCAGUAUGUGGAACCAGAGGCAGAACCUGAGCCAGAGUAUGAAGAUGUACAAGCGGUCAGUGAUAAUUAUGAAAAGCCUGUAGAACAAAAGCAGCCACAAUAUGAAGCAGUAGUGGAACCAGAUGCCAUCUAUGAGGAACCACCACAGGUGGAGGAACCGAACACAACGUACGAGACGGCAGAAGAUCGCGGGGUCUGCGCCAGGGCUCUGUACGACUACCAAGCCGCUGAUGACACCGAGAUCUCGUUUGACCCGGAUGACAUCAUCACCGGCAUCGAGAUGAUCGACGAAGGCUGGUGGCGAGGAUACAGUCCGGAUGGACAUUUCGGGAUGUUCCCAGCAAACUACGUCGAAAUGAUCUAGCGCCGCUCAAUGUAUCCCCCUCAUCGGAGUCGCACCGCAGUGCAGAUCAGCGGCCCUCGAUGAGCCAAACGGGUCCCGUAUAUCUGAUUCGAAAGACUAAAACUAAAAUCAUGGACCAAAAGGGUGACGAUCACGUGACCAGGGAGGGGGGUAUUUAAACUGAGAUUGAUAUUUCAUACUGUAUUGGUAGAAGUGUCUUGUUCAUUUUAUUUCAAUUCAAGCCGUUAUAAUUUUAUAAAAACAAUACUCUGAUUUCACGUAUGCCCGAAAAAGCGACCACUUUAAAAUGGCUGUUCGUGCCGGAUUCCUGCAAAUCAGAUUAGUGCUUGUGGUGACAUUCCUGUGACUUGCAAAUAUCUUUUUAGAUUGAACCUUUUCUCCGUGUU